UCUCGCUGAAAACCCCUGUUGUUUACGUUUAGCUUUUCUCGCCCACUUCCACCCAUCGGAUAAAAAUCCUUAACCUGAGCCGCCUUACAUCCCAGUUAUGCAUAAAAGCAGGAAUUUUAAGAAGAAAAAUCACCGCCAGAAUGUUAAGGGGGGCCACCAAUCGGGUAGACUAGCUGAAAAGCUGUCGGAUCUGUCCGUUAAAGAUUCUUCCGAAGAUGAACCGGAAGGUAGCGGAAGUGAUAGUAGCGGCACCGAAUCGCAAGAUGGGUCCGGCUCCGAAGAAGGAAGCAGUGGGAAUAAAUUCGAUUUAGGUAAACCGCCCAAAUUCCCGGUUAGCAUGUGGGACCUGAACCAUUGCGACCCUAAGAAAUGUUCCGGGCGUAAGUUGGCCCGCCACGGUCUGAUUGACAAUCUCCGUUUGGGACAGAAGUUUCCAGGACUGGUUUUAACGCCAGUUGGCGUAAAUUGCGUAAGUCCACAGGAUAGGGACAUAAUCGCUAAUUCCGGGGUGGCCGUUGUCGAUUGUUCCUGGGCACGUUUGGAUGAAACACCCUUCAAUAAGAUGAAAUCUCCGAACCCACGAUUGCUUCCGUUUUUGGUGGCCGCUAAUCCUAUUAACUACGGCAAACCCUGUAAACUCUCCUGUGUGGAAGCGAUCGCAGCUUCUAUGUACAUAACAGGCUUCAAAGAUGAGGCUCUUUGGUAUUUAAACAAGUUCUCCUGGGGCCAUUCGUUUGUUGAGUUGAACAACGAAUUACUGGAAGCUUACGCCGGUUGUGAAAAUAGUAAAGCGAUUUUAGAAGUUCAGAAACAGUACUUGGAAAAAGCUGAACAAGAACAGCUUGAUCGGAAAAAUGAAAUCGAUUUGCCUCCCAGUGAUAGCGAAGAUGAUUGAAGGUGAAAAAAUAUUUCGAGCUUUAAGUACCUACCUUAUUAAAA